AUGGCAAGAAUUGUCAGAAAAUGGGAGAAUGAAAGAGAGAACAUUAUUGUGACACUGUUUCCAUCGAUGGAGCCAUAUGCUAAAGUUAUCAGAAAUCUGAGAAAGCUACGCUUAUUAUGCAUGAAUCAUUUGACAACCGUUGAGGAUGGCAUAACCUUCGUUGUAAGAUCAGUUUCUGGUGAACUCAGUGAACUUGAAGAAAUCCAGCUAGUCAACUGCUGUGUCUCCAGUGAUGCUGUGGAAAUUCUAGCUCAGAAUCUUUGUAAUUUGCCACAACUGAAUGUACUUGAUUUAUUGGAAAAUUACUUAGAAAAUAAGGGAAACAAAAAGAUGCUAUACACAGACUUCUGUGAAUGGAAAGUUUCUAAAAUUGAUGGCUUAAAUGUCUUACCUGAGAUGAAAGUGCUGAUGCUUCCCUGGGGAGAUGAUGUAAAGGUUUGCCUAACAAAAUUGUUAGAAUUACUGGAAACAAUCCCACACCUGACAAAACUGGGACUGAGGAAAUGGAGCCUCACUGAUGAGGAGGUCAGAAUUCUAGGCAAUUUUUUUGAGAAAGAACAUGUGGAGAACCUUCAGCACUUGGACUUUGCAAUGAAUUGUGUCACAAAUGAUGGCUGGCUUUCCUUCAUGCGGCCACUGAUCUCUCUCAAGAAACUGGUAUUAGAUUUCAGCAGCAAACGAGGCUGGGUGCCUGCAUCACUGUUAGUCUGUAAAUUAAGUCAGGUACUAACCACACUGAAUUAUUUAAAGAAGAUUAAAGUGACUGGAUGGAAAUUUGAUUGCCAUGAACUUGGACUUAUUAAUGGUGCAAAG